GGUUCAACCACGCAAACAAGUGCUGUAGGUGGAGAAUGUCCUUUCGGGGAACUGGGUUUGUCGUGUGACUGCAGGUGUUGAGAAACUUUCAAACAGAUUCUACUUUAGAGUACAACGGCUUCUAAACACGACAUAAUGUCCCGAGCGGUUUUGUUUACUAGUGUUAGACCUUGACCGGAGUUAAAUCCUCACUAAAUCUGACUACAGAUUUGUGUGCUGGCUGGGGAUAUGAAAUGGCUCCAGCUCUUCUAUAUUAAACACAAGGAUGAUGCUUUCCUUGCAUAGCUUAGGAAAUAGGUAUAUUUCUCCAUUUGCCCACUACGCUCAACAAUCCCUCAACUUUCCAGAAGAGAACGACGAGACUAUGGAUAAAAUCAAUACUAAAGACUCAGUCUGUGACUCCACCGAUUCUCAACAUUCUCACGCCGGGUGUUGCAUGUCUGGCAGUGAGUCCUCUCUCAGCACUCAGGCUGACUUCGUAAAUAUCUGCAGUGACCGAAAGACCAACUACAGACCUACACAGACCAACUACAGCCCUUACCAGCCUCCAUUAGGUCUACCCUCUGGGUACAAUCCCCAGACGCCCUUUCCCAGCCAGACAGAAGCAUGUCUGAGCACCUUUGAGCCACACAAAGGAGACCUGCCUCACUCGGUGGGCAGCAGUUUGGUCGAAUACCCUAGUGGAAACCCCCCCUCUUGUUUGGUGUCUGGAAAUUACUCCAAUUAUUCUGGUAAUUCUUGCUACUCCUGCUCUCCAGACAGACACAGUGUUGGAGACGGAAGUCUCGAACAGCCACGUUCAUUACACUCUAUUCCUACUGCGUUCACGGCUCACAGUUACUGCCUGCCUCCGCACCUUCAUGGGCCGCCCUGCAUCAGUCAUUACCCCGCGGAUAUAUGUCAGAUGGAUCAAGUCUCUCAUUACAGGCCGCAUUACCGCAUGCCUCAUUGGCCUUCUCGCCCUGAAAACAGCAGACAGUCAGCGUCAGAGUUCACUCAUAGUGGCUACAGCUCUCCUCACCAUGGAGCUAAACUAACCCCAAACACAGCUCCUCUUUCCCUGGAGCAGAGGAAGGUGUUUGUUACUUACGAAGCAGACAGCGAAAAACAUGUCAAAGAGAUCAUCAACUUUGUCGCCCUGCUGAGACACAAUGGCUUCUACACUCACAUUGACAUGUUUGAGCAGCAGUUCAAGAGCAUAAGCAAGAUUGACUUCAUGGAGAGAUACAUCAGCGAAAAAGACUAUCUGAUUAUCAUAGUCAUUAGCCCAAAGUACCAUGAGAUUGUGACCAAUGCUUCAUUUUGCAUGGAAAACGAUGAAACGCUCAACACCGUCUACAUACACAAACAGUUACAAAACGAAUUCAUUCAGAAUGGAGCCAGGAAUUACAGAUUCAUCCCUAUCUUGUUUCCCGGUGCCAAAAAGUGCCACGUUCCUUCAUGGCUUCAAAGCACGCAGAUCUUCACCUGGCCCAGGGAUCGUGACGAUAUUCUCCGUCGGCUCAUGCGUGUUGAGAAGUACAACCCUCCACCCAUAGGAGAGCUGCCUACUAUUGUCUCCAUUCCGAUUUAGCUCAUUGUGUUUGCUUUGGAACCCAUGAUAUGUCAGUUAUCAACAGCCUUAUACUUCAUUUUAAAUUUGUUUGCCUCUCUGAACUGUUAGAUCGGGGUUUAACAUGUUAAAAGGCAUAAAGCGACUGACAUACAGUGCUCAGCAUCAAUGAGAACACCUCAUAUUUUUAUAAAUUUGAAAAUAGGCAAUAUACUGUAUUUUAGUUGUAUUUGAACAAAACAGAUUUAAUAAACAUUUACAUUCAUUAAAAUAAUAGUUUGGUCAACAGACACCUUUAGAAGUAGAUAACACAUAGAUAAAAAUAUA